CAGUCGUAUAAACAAUUUGAGAUUCCGCUGUGCGUCAGCACGCAUAUAGUCAAGACUCAAGCUACAAGUCUAUUCCUCAAACCUUGACUAUCCUGCACUUCAGAGAUCUGACGACGGUGUAGUUGCACAAAUCCCACUAGCGUCCACCAUGACGAAAAUCAAAAGACGUCAAAAAGCUGCCUCUCAGCGUGCCUCCCAGCCAAGUUUGUCUCCAAUCACAAGACUUCCCCCUGAACUAUUAUGCCACAUCUUCCUCUCGCAUUCUGAAGUACAUGGACAUCAAGAAACUGUGGUGGUCUCUCAAGUAUGCCAGAUUUGGAGAGAUCUUGCGCUGAAUAUGUCAGACCUAUGGGUGCAUAUUGAUUCACAGCUUACGAAUUUGGAAUACACCAAGGCCUGGUUGCUGCGCUCGAAGGUUGCCCCGCUUUACAUCAUAGCUAAUGCCGAAGACUGCAUUAAGAAAGACGAAUUCGAUGACGAUGCAUACGACGAAAUCUGUGACAUAUGGAUCGAAGCCCUGCGUAUGACGUUGGAAUGUCUCCCACGCAUACGCUCUCUGAGCAUCAAUGCACCCUUGUACAUGCUCGACCACCUUUCGAUUGUUUCCAAGUCGAUCCUGACCCUCCCAACUUCCCUUCUUGAAGAUUUGUAUCUAGCAAGUGAAGGAUGGAAUGGGAAUGCACCAGCUCCAGCCAUGGACUAUCUCCUCGUCUUCCUUCGCCAUGACGCGCCGCACAUGAAGUUCCUCAAAACCGUGGACCUAUACUUCUCCUGGCCUUCAUACAUUCCUUCUAGUCUUACGAAGCUUGACAUUGAUCAUACUCUGGAGCUUCCUGCGCCAAGCGUCGAAGCUGUGUUCGAUGUCCUGGAGAGUCUCACAUCACUAGAGGAGCUGUAUCUGGGCGACGUGUCCCUGCCCGGCCCCAUCCCAUUGUCACGUACCGUCUCUUUCCCUAGGCUCACCGUCCUGAAAAUUUGUUGCUACAACACUAUCGAUCUUUUACAGCACUUCUCCCUGCCUUGUGGACCAUCCCUCGAGCUGUCUUUCGAAUCGGUAGAGGCCGAAGAUGUUCAAGAAAUUUGUCAAAGUCUCCGAUCUGCCUUACGUACAUGUCCCCCUCUUCGUCACGUUCUCAUCGAGGCGAAUACCCGCCGGCGGUUUGAUGGCGGGCCCGACCUUAUGCUUAGUGGAUAUACCUCAGCCUUACACAAGGUCGCACAACCCGCUCACAUCAUUCUGCGCUUUACAACCCAGAUGGAUUUACCCUCGAGGGACAUCACAACCUGUCUAUGGACACCAGUUUUGGACAUAUUCCGGGAUCAUUUCGCCUUUUUAGACUCAGCUUUGGUGGAUAUCUUCGAUCCGGACAGUUUCCUGAACAUCCAACCAGAAAUCGUUGUCCAUAUGUUGGAACUUUUGACGAGCAUUCGCCAGCUAGGUGUCGCCGAGGCAGAAAGAACGCACAAUGCGUUCAAGUUCGGACUAUUUUCUGCUCUCAAAGACGAUUACAUCAGUAUCCUCACCAAUCUCGAAGAACCGUAUUUGGACUCUCUGAAGCAUGCAAAUCAUCCCUCUUUUGUUUCACCAAUCUCUCUCGCUCGUUACGCUCAAGAUGCUCUUACGAUUCGCCAAAAGAAGAGGUCUUAUCCAAAUAUCGACUUGAAUGUCAAUGGUGCCAUUACAAAGCAGGGGAGAUACAAAUGGAAGUCGCUCGCAGCCAUUUGGGCCGAGAUAAUUACAGGUACGGAGGUGUCAUAGACGUUAUAAUGCUGUAUAUGUCGCUGCACAUAAAGCGAGUUUUUAAAG